CCCCGGCGCCGCCGCGGCCCCUCGCCUUCCUCUUCCCGGCGCGGCCCCCCGGCUUCCGCGCGCCGCCCGCCACUAACCCGCUAGCCACCAUGUCCGUGGAACUAGAGGAGGCCCUGCCGCCGACCAGUGCCGAGGGGACCGCCCGCAAGCCGGCGAAGGCGGGCGGCCCGGUGCCACCCGCGCAGCCCAAGCGGAGGAGGAGCCGCAAGAAGAACCAGCCGGGCAAGUACAGCCAGCUGGUCGUGGAGACCAUCCGCCGGCUGGGCGAACGCGGCGGCUCGUCGCUGGCGCGCAUCUACGCCGAGGCCAGGAAGGUGGCGUGGUUCGAUCAGCAGAACGGGCGCACCUACCUCAAGUACUCGAUCCGGGCUCUGGUGCAGAACGACACGCUGCUGCAGGUGAAGGGCACCGGCGCCAACGGCUCCUUCAAGCUCAAUCGCAAGAAGCUGGAGGGCGGCACGGAUCGGCGCGGAGCCCCGGCGGCCACCAGCCCCGCAGCCCCGACACCCAAGGCCCGGAAGGCGCCGGCGGGCGCGCGCGCGGACAGGAGGCCAACCGGGCCCACCAAACCCGAGCGGCGCGCGCACCCGGCCAAAGGUGGUGGGGCCAAGAAGGCGGCGGCCCCCGGCGCGAAGAAGGUGAAGAAGGCGGCCAAGCCUAGCGUCCCUAAGGUGCCCAAGGGCCGCAAGUGACGCCCCGCGGCCUAUGGGUACCGCCCUACUUUGUGUCCCAGCCCCGUGCACCGGUUCUGUACGGUCCGGCCCGGAUCGGGCCCCCUCCCUUUCCUGCCCCUCCCCCAGCGAUGCUGCGCGGUGUUUGCUUUAGGUUUUUGAAACGGCCCUGGCGACGCCUCCAUUGGCUCUCACCCUUGGCAACGGCUGUCGCCAUGGUGACCGGCCCCGCGGCGCCAAUGGCCAGGCUGCGCCCGGCGCCGAUCACCCCGCGCUCUGGUUGCGCCGCGCCUUCCUCAGCUGGCCGCCCUCCUGGGGUGCAAUAAACGGUUCCCACCCUGA